AACCACCCCCUCCGCUCCGGUCUCCAACCAUUCCUGGGCUGCGCCCCUCCCUUCCCCUCCCCUCCCGCCUCUUUUGGCCGGGCCCUGGCGCCGGGGCUUUUGCUCUGGGCUUCCCCUUUCCGCGCGCCGGCUCGGGCGAGCCGGGGAAGGUCAGUGGGAGCGCGGCUUUGCAAGCGGAGCGGGCGGGCGUAAUUCAGGAUGCUGACUUUCAGCUAUUCUGCACCAUCAGUUCCAGACUUCAUUAAAAUAUAAAAGGACGGCUGUGUGGCUUCCUAACAGGGUGAUCCUGCGGGCUGAACUGCAGACAACAUGGCAGGACUCCUACGUACUGUCGUUAUUAGUUACUCCAGUCCCCUUUUCAACAGCACAGUGUGUCACAGAGCAAAGAUUGUGCGGACAUCAAGCCUGCGAACAUUACGCACCCACCAGGUACUAUGGUGCCAGGCACCUGUGAAACCAGGUGGUGUACAUGGCUCUCCUUUCUCCUUCUUCACUCUUGCAACAUUCCUUCCUGACAGCUACAAGGCAGUUGUGCUUGCAGCCAAUCACUUUGGUCGCUUUUUCACGGGUCAGAUCACAGCGGCUGGCAAAGUUCCUCCAGCUAAGGUUCUGAUCAUUGGAGGUGGUGUUGCUGGGUUAGCAUCUGCAGGAGCAGCUAAAUCCAUGGGAGCUGUUGUUCGUGGGUUUGAUACCAGAGCUGCAGCAUUGGAACAAUUCAAAUCACUUGGUGCUGAGCCCUUGGAGGUUGAUUUAAAAGAAUCUGGGGAAGGUCAGGGAGGAUAUGCAAAAGAAAUGUCAAAAGAGUUCAUUGAAGCUGAAAUGAAACUCUUUGCCAAACAAUGCCAGGAAGUUGAUAUUAUUAUCACAACAGCACUUAUACCUGGUAAAAAAGCUCCAAUAUUGUUUCGGAAAGACAUGAUUGAGCUCAUGAAAGAAGGCUCUGUUGUUGUAGAUCUGGCUUCUGAAGCAGGAGGAAACAUUGAAACCACAAAGCCAGGGGAACUCUACGUUUACAAGGGAAUCACACACAUAGGUUACACAGACCUUCCCAGCAGAAUGGCUACUCAAGCCAGCACUCUGUAUUCCAACAACAUCACUAAGCUCUUAAAGGCCAUCAGCCCGGAUAAAGAGAAGUUCUACUUUGACCUAAAGGAUGAAUUUGACUAUGGUACUCUGGACCAUGUUGUUAGAGGAACAGUGGUAAUGAAGGAUGGAAAGGUGAUUUUCCCAGCACCACCUCCAAAGAACAUCCCUCAAGGAGCGCCCGUGAAGCAGAAGACAGUGGCAGAGCUGGAAGCAGAAAAAGCAGCCACUAUUACACCUUUUAGGAAAACUAUGACUACUGCUUCUGCCUACACAGCAGGACUUGCUAGUUUGCUUGGGCUGGGUGUUGCAGCUCCAAAUUCAGCAUUCACUCAGAUGGUGACAACAUUUGGCUUGGCCGGGAUUGUUGGGUAUCACACUGUGUGGGGUGUGACUCCUGCUCUCCAUUCACCACUCAUGUCCGUGACUAAUGCCAUCUCAGGACUGACUGCAGUUGGCGGACUGGCACUGAUGGGGGGAAAGUACCUCCCUGAAAAUAUGCCUCAGAGCCUUGCAGUUCUUGCUGCCUUUGUGUCCUCUGUGAACAUUGCAGGUGGUUUCCUGGUCACACAGAGGAUGCUGGAUAUGUUCAAGCGCCCUACAGACCCCCCUGAAUACAAUUACUUAUACCUGUUACCUGCUGGUGUCUUUGUGGGGGGAUAUGGAGCUGCUCUCCAAAGUGGGUACAACGUUGAACAGAUGAUAUACCUGGGUUCAGGCUUGUGCUGUGUCGGUGCUCUGGCUGGCCUUUCUACCCAAGGAACAGCUCGACUUGGCAAUGCUUUGGGCAUGAUAGGUGUUGCUGGUGGCUUGGCAGCUACCCUUGGAGGUCUGAAACCAUCACCUGAACUGCUGGCACAGAUGUCGGGUGCAAUGGCUGUUGGUGGCACUAUAGGCCUGACAAUUGCUAAACGUAUCCAGAUUUCAGAUUUACCUCAAUUAGUGGCUGCUUUCCACAGCUUGGUUGGCCUGGCUGCUGUUCUCACUUGCGUUGCGGAAUAUAUGAUUGAGUACCCUCACUUUGCCACCGAUGAAGCUGCAAACCUCACCAAGAUUGUGGCAUAUCUUGGCACAUAUAUUGGUGGUGUUACCUUCAGUGGCUCCCUUGUUGCUUAUGGAAAGCUACAGGGUAUCUUGAAUUCUGCUCCCCUGCUCCUACCAGGACGGCACUUACUGAAUGCUAGUUUGCUAGCUGCAAGUGUAGGUGGAAUGAUUCCCUAUAUGAUUGAUCCUAGCUACGCAACUGGACUGACCUGUUUAGGAUCUGUAUCUGCUCUAUCUGCUGUUAUGGGUGUCACUCUCACAGCAGCCAUAGGAGGGGCUGACAUGCCUGUUGUUAUUACUGUCCUGAACAGCUACUCAGGCUGGGCGCUCUGUGCUGAGGGAUUCCUGCUCAACAACAACCUGCUAACGAUUGUGGGCGCUUUAAUUGGUUCCUCGGGUGCCAUCCUUUCUUAUAUCAUGUGUGUGGCCAUGAACCGGUCCCUUGCUAAUGUGAUCCUUGGUGGAUAUGGCACAACUUCAACGGCUGGGGGAAAGCCAAUGGAAAUCACUGGCACCCAUACAGAAGUGAAUGUUGACAGUGCAGUUGACAUGAUAAAGGAAGCCAACAACAUCAUAAUCACUCCAGGUUAUGGGCUAUGUGCAGCAAAGGCUCAGUAUCCAAUUGCUGAUUUGGUGAAAAUGCUGCGCGAACAAGGCAAACAUGUCAGGUUUGGUAUUCAUCCUGUAGCUGGCCGUAUGCCUGGACAGCUAAAUGUAUUGCUUGCAGAAGCUGGUGUACCAUAUGAUAUUGUCCUAGAAAUGGAUGAGAUCAAUGAAGACUUUCCAGAAACUGAUUUAGUUCUUGUUAUUGGAGCUAAUGACACAGUUAAUUCAGCUGCCCAGGAAGAUCCAAACUCUAUCAUCGCAGGAAUGCCAGUUCUAGAAGUGUGGAAGGCAAAGCAGGUCAUUGUUAUGAAGAGAUCCCUAGGUGUUGGAUAUGCAGCUGUGGACAACCCCAUCUUCUACAAACCCAAUACAGCCAUGCUGCUUGGUGAUGCAAAGAAGACCUGUGAUGCCUUGCAGUCGAAAGUGAGAGAGUCCCAUCAGAACUAAACACCUUUUGUUAAAAGCUACCCUUUGGCCAGUACAGUGUUCUCUUAAAGUCUUAUAUUCAUCAAUGUAAAAUGUCAAGGGUUAGAAGGUGUUUCCAAAAUGAAGGUCGAGGGAGAAUCAUUAGAGUCCAGAAACAUACUGAACCAGCGGUGGCUGCUGACCAUUAUGUUGGUGGGGCACAGCAAUCAAUAGUGGGCAUAGACGGGGUAAAGUGAGUAUUCACACACACUUACACAGAGGUAGGCAAGCAAGCAUUUACACAUACAAGCACCUUUUUCCUCUGGUAAGGAGACAAACCAGAGUGGGAUGACUGCAGGUAACCGGCACUUGAGGUGGGGCAGUACUGCUGUAAACAUUUGUGUACAGAUAUAAGAAGAAAAACAGACUUGGAAAUGAACUCGCUUGGGACGGGUGGGAAUGGAAUCUGGGAAACCUAUUUUUGAAACUGUACAUUUAAGAAGAUUGCCCUCAGUAGCUAAAUGUGUAAUACAGUAACACUCAGGAAUUUGGAGGGAAUUGUCCUUUUGGUUUGAUGUGAAAAUAAGGGAAACUUGCAUUUUAAAAAAAAAGCAGGGAGGUGCUGUCAUUUUAAAAUCUUGGGCUUUAGAGUUUGCUGAUAGGAUCCAGGUGCAUUCAGAAUUUGUCUGAUCACUUAUUAGAAUCCUUAUUCAGAUCACUUAUUCAGAAUCCUAACCAGAUACUUUAAAUUUUGACUGGCUUUGUGGCCCUUUAGGUGGAUUUUUUGUAUAUCCUAUUUCUGAAAUGGAUUUUGAUGCAUUUGUAAUCAACAUAUUUGAGAUGCUGGGAAUGAGCAGUUUCUGGCCCAACAGAAUUCAAAUGCUGGAAAAAGAGAUGCUGUUCCAGACCAUGUGGAAUGUCUUUUCUUAAAAAUAAUAAAGUACUCAAGCAAGUAUGGAAAUCCAGUAAGCUUUAACGGGGUGGGGGAAACAACCACCAGAGAUUCUGAUAAUCAGUCUUCCAUUUAAUUUAAUUAACUAAACUAUUUUAACUACAGUUUAAUGGUAAAUAGUCUUUCUUUAAUGCUUUCCAGUGCAGCCUUGAUUAUGUUUGGUGCAGUUGAACAGAACUCAAAUGUUUGACUAAUAAAAUGCAUUUGUCAUGUUUGCAUAAUGAUGUAGCAACUGUCUGUGGUGAUAGAGGCAAAAUAAAUAGCUGUACUUGUGUUAGGAAACCUUAACAUCUGGGCAAGACAGACUACUAUGAAGUGAGUUAAACUUUGUCCAACUUGACUGUUUAUAAAUCCUGAUUUUUACCAUUGUGUUUAUUGUUACCUAAUUUAAUAGCAGAUGAAGAUCAUGUUCAUUAGCUACCUCCUGUUUUUAUACAAUGAGGGUCUCAUACAUUGAACAUCAAGAGAUGACAGCAGGCUGAAUCCAGCUAUGAGUUUCUUUACCCCCACUGAACCAAUGGUUUGGGUGCUUUUAUUUUAUUGGGAUGUGCAGAAAACAUACACAGAUGGAUUGUGCUUGGUGGUUUUAAAGAAAGUUAAUCUCUUAAAGUGGGACAUGGUGGCACUGUGGGUUAAACCGCGGAAGCCUCUGUGCUGCAAGGUCAGAAGACCAGCAGUCAUAAGAU